GGCUGCACACGGCGGCGAGGGGGCAGGAAGCCGCUGCCCCGAUUUGCCAGGCUGGCUCUGCUGCUGCCGCCGCCGAAGGCAACAAUGCGUGCCCGUUGCUGGAGACCACAGGAGGGGAGAGGGCUGCUCUUGGGCUCGCAUCCCGCUCGCCGCAGAUUCCCACGAGCAUCUGGCUGGCCACUGUGAGAGCAGGAUGCUGAACUGGAUGGGCCAUUGGCCUGAUGAUAAUAGCAACCAUGACGAUGAUUUUAUUGUUUGUGCCCUGCCCAUCUGACUCGGUUGCCCCAGCCACUCUGGGCGGCUUCCAGCGGACUCUUCUUAAGUUCUUAAAAAUGCCUGAAUCACUGCUUUCUGCUUGUUUCAGGAGUACUACUUGCAAAGGAACGCUAUGUGAUGACUUACUGGGUGGCUAAAGAGGUGGAAACCUUUGCAAGUUUCACAACAAAAUAUGUGAAUUGGUUUGAACCUGUGCAAAUAAUACAUUGGAGACUGUUAGGUAGUGGUUAGAGCACCAUUCCGCAACCUGGUGUCUUAGAGAUCGUUUGCACUACAACUUCCAUUAGCCCCAGAAUCAUAUGGCUAAGCUUCCACUGCUGGGAAUUGUAGUCCAAAACCUCUGGUGGUGACCAGGUUAGGACAUCAGCCUGGGUGACUUUCGCCAGUUGUCCUCUCUCAAUGUAGCCCACCUCAUAAGAUUGUUCUGAGAAUAAAAUAGGUAAGGGGAGAACUGUGUGUGCUGCUCUCUGGUGCCUGGAGGAAGAGUGAGCAAAAGAUUAAAAAAAAUAAAACUGCCACUCCCUAGCUCUGAACUCUCUCAUUUUAAUGAUCACUUGGCUGGCAGGCGACCAGACAACUUGAUGGACUGUGGAAUGGUUCAUGAACUAGGAGGACUUCUUGGAACCAUGGACUGGGGGGAGGAAAAAUGAAUAUUUAUGAGUUCUGGCAGAUGCUGGGGGGCAGGGCAGAGCAAUCCUAAUUGGGGUUGAGGGGAUUGAGACAGCAAAUUACAGCCACAUUCUAAGCCCUCCUACUGGCUCAUAUCAGGUAGGGUGGGCAUUUUGCAGUUUUUCAGUGCUGUAGCUCAAGAUUGGUGUGGCUUAGGGAUCGAGAAUUAGGGGCUUUCGAUCCAGCCCUCUGUGCUGACUAGGAUCUGGCAGAUUCCCACUCUCUCAGGAAACUCACUUGGCAUGACCUAGGACCAGUCAUUGCCUCUCAGUCUAGCCUACCUCUCAGGGUUGUUGUGGGAAUCAAUGAGGAGAGGGGAAACCAUAUACGCCACCUUGAGCUCCUUAGAAAAAAAGGUGAGAUAUAAAGAAAAUAAUUAAAUCAUUGCCUCCCCCUUGAAUUCACCUUUGUGUACUAAUUAUUGAAGGGUUUUGUUUACUUUCAUAAUUCUGCAUUUGUUUAUAGUUUGAGAUGUGUUGUGAAUAAUCUGAAAUGCAGGGCAUCCCUUAGAGCCAAAAGUAGGCUGGAAGCGAUGAUGCAUCUGGGUUGUGGGGGGUGAUGCUUCUAAGUGGGAAAAGGGCCUGCCUGGCUGUCCAUUGGACCUUGACUUAGGCAGAAUCUGAUCAGUCCUUUCCUUCUCCACUAUUGACAGAGAUUGGGAGAGAAAGAGAGCAGUCCCCAAAUCAAUAUUUGCCUUCCAGCAGCAGCAGCGAGUCCCAAUAUGUGUGACUUCCCAGGAUUCCUCUGACUCAAUCUGAGAAUGCAAGGGCUAGUGGCAAGAUUCACAUUUCGCAUGCAUCUUUCCCCCUUUAUGACCUCAUUGGAACAUCACAGCAGAGGUUCCUUGCCAGAAAAUGCUUCAUUGUGACACCACUGGGCUGGUGGUCCGAGUUCUUGCCAGAAUCUUGAGAGUGAUUCAUGGCAUCCCUAGAUCCCGCCCCUUCUUGGUCCAUCCUCAGUUCUGGGGUCAUGUAAAACAGGCACCUAACAGAUUAUAUUACUUUCAACAUGGAUAGCUGGACAUUGGACUGAACAGCACGGGUUAAUGAUGUUCCAUUGGACUUUGGGGGAAGCAGGAGUGGGGAUUGCUGCUCAAAACUGACCCCCUUGCAGCUUCUUUUUAGCAACAACAACAAAUAGGCUGCCUGAAGGAUGGACUCAAACCCUGCCAGGAGUAAAGUCCCAGCUUUCUUAUCAGACUUGGGGAAAGCUACCCUGAGAGGCAUCAGGAAAUGCCCCCGGUGCGGCACCUACAACGGCACCCGCGGGCUGAGCUGCAAGAACAAGACUUGCGGCACCAUCUUCCGCUACGGUACCCGGAAGCAGACCAGUGUCGACGCGGUCAAAAUCAACACUGGCUCUGAUCUGCAGGUCUAUUCAGUGCGGCAGAGGGACAGGGGGCCAGAGUACCGGUGCUUUGUGGAGCUGGGAGUUUCGGAGACCACCAUCCAGACAGUAGACGGGACCAUCAUCACACAGCUCAGCUCUGGGCGCUGCUACGUCCCAUCGUGUUUGAAGGCGGCUGCACAAGGGGUGGUGGAAAACCAGUGCCAGCACAUUAAACUGGCUGUGAACUGUCAGGCAGAGGCCACCCCGUUGCCCCUGAAAAGCUCAGUCUUGAACUCGUUGCAGGCCUCUGCUGAGACGAAACAAACCUUAUGGCAGUUGGCCACGGAGUCCACAGGGCCCCUAGUUCAGAGGAUUACCAAGAACAUCCUAGUGGUGAAGUGCAAAGCCAGCCAGAAGCAUAGCUUGGGUUACCUCCACAUCUCCUUCUCCCACAAGGCUGGCCACAAGAGCAGGGCGGAACACCGCUUCCUCUGCUCCUGCCAGUCCCUGAAGUCCAGCAAGGCAGCUUCUGCUAAGGAAGAGGCAAGCCAGAAAUGCAAUCACUUCUUUGCCUGCCUCUGUGCCUUUGCCAGCGAUGAUCUCUUGGCCCAGGAGUUUGCAGAUUUCCUCAGCUAUGAUUCCAGCGGUCUGAAGUCAACAGUAGGAGCCCAGCUUCUCUGUCAGCCUGAAUCCGCCUUGAGCUCUGGAGAGGCUGCUGCCUCCAAGGCCAAAAAGAGGAAAAAAGACGAAGGAAUGGGCACACAAGCAAGUAGCCCCCUCUUGUCUCAAGACGUGGCAAACACAAACCUGCGCAAAAGUGGAUUGAAAAAGCCAGCGGUUGCUUCACUGAAAAGGCAAGCUUGCAGUCAGCUGCUUGAUGAAUCACAAGUAACCUUGUCCUUCCAAGAGUGGUUGGCCAGUGUCACUGAACGCAUCCACCAAGCCAUGCAUUACCAGUUUGAUGGCAAACCAGAGCCACUGGUGUUCCACAUCCCCCAGGCUUUCUUUGAGGCUCUCCAGCAGAGGAUUUCUGUUGGGAGCAUCAAGAAGCGGAUGCCAAAUUCGACCACAGCUUUUGUCCGGAAAGAUGCUUUGCCCCUGGGCACCUUUUCCAAAUAUACGUGGCACAUCACAAACAUCUUGCAAGUCAAACAGAUCUUUGAUACCCUUGAGAUGCCUCUGAAAAUCACACGCAGCUUCAUCCAGAACCAGGAUGGCACCUAUGAGCCCUUUAAGUGCCCCAAAGUUGAGGUGGAGAGCAUCCCAGACACUUACGGGCGCUUGGAGAAGCAGCCAGUCCUCCGGCCUCUGGAGCUGAAAACCUUCCUGAAAGUCGGCAACACAUCCCCUGAUCAGAAGGAACCGACACCUUUCAUCAUUGAGUGGAUUCCAGAUAUCCUCCCCCAGUCGAAAAUUGGUGAACUGAGGAUUAAGUUUGAAUAUGGCCACUACAGAAAUGGUCACACCACCGACUUCCAGGAGCAGCGCACUUCCCUUGAACAGACGCUGGAGCUUAUGCCUCUCACCACCAUCACCUUCCCUUGAGCUCGUCAUGCAGUUCUUGCACAGCUUGGUUUGCACAACCCUUGCCCUGUAGCUGGUCAGCCUUUGCGGGUAUCAGUCAGCCAUUUGACUGGGGAACGCACCAGGAGCCAGAAUGCAGCGGGGCUUCACUACAAACGACCCACUUCUUUGUAAGCAGCUGCACUAGAAACUUCUGCCUCUUUCAUUUCAAACAGCAUUUUCAGUCGCUUCUUGGGACAAAAUUAAUUCAUGCACUCUCCACUUCUACUCUGAGACUCACCUGUGCGCCGACCUAUGAUUGCUGUUUUUUUCCGCCACCCUAUUUUGCACAGUUGACAGAUUACAGGUGAGGGUGGAGCAGAGUGUCCAGGUGCUCGGCUGCCUUGGCUAAUUACUACCCCCUUACUGGCAUAUUUUGCAAUAUAUUUCUACAAUAAAGUAAAUUGAACCAA